AUGCAGACGAGUAACAACGAAGACGACGGGAUCCCGGCGACUAUGGAUCAAGCCAAGACAGAAUCCACCAGUACGACCAUCGUGUCGUCUUCUUCUCGAGUACUGGUGCUUCCAAAACCAUGCACCGACGUGCACGUUCGUACAGGGGGGUUUCAGAAAAUUGAAGAGCGCACGUGGAACCUCACGCGGUCAUCACGGCGUCAGCGGUCCUCGACUCCAUCGGGCCCAAACGCAUGGCAUCUAUGGUACUGGACGUUGGCAUGA